AUGUCUGUCGAAACCACUGCCACCAUCGCCUCGUUCGGAGGCAAGCUCUUGAAGCUUGCCCACAAGGCCGCCUCCACAAACUGCGAAAUGAAGUUCAACUUGUUCCUCCCACCUCAAGCUCUCAAGAGCUCGGCCACCAAGAUUCCCGUCCUCAUCUACCUGUCUGGCCUAACCUGCACUGGCGACAACUGCUCAGAGAAGGGUUUCUUCCAGCACCGCGCCAGUCAGAAGGGCAUUGCCGUUGUCUACCCCGACACCAGNCCCGAGUACGUCCCUCCAGCCUUCUAUCCACAAUCAUGUCUGACCGUUCAUACAGGAGGACUCGGCAUCGCUGGCGAGGACGACUCGUACGACUUCGGCUCAGGCGCCGGCUUCUACGUCAAUGCUACAAAGGAGCCCUACAACAAGGGUUACAACAUGUACUCGUACAUCACCGAGGAUCUUCCCAAAGCCCUCUUCUCCUCAUUCAAGCAGUUGGACUCGGACAGAGUCAGUAUCACUGGCCACAGUAUGGGCGGUCAUGGUGCAUUGACUUUGAACCCCGGCAAGUACAAGUCUGUAUCCGCAUUCGCACCUAUUGCCAACCCCAGUAACUGCGAUUGGGGCAAGAAAGCUUUCUCUGGCUACUUCGGCGAGGACCAGACGGACAAGUGGGCUGAGCACGAUGCUACCGAGCUCAUCAAGAAGUGGAAGGGUCCUCUGGAUAUGCUCAUCGAUGUCCAAGGCCAGCUCCUGCCCGAAAAUUUGACCAAGGCCGCUCAAGAGUCAGGCAACGACAAGGGUGUCAACCUUAGAAUGCAGCCCGACUACGAUCACAGCUACUACUUCAUGGCCACCUUUGCCGAUGACCACGUCGACCAUGCUGCCAAGUACCUUCUGGGCUAG